ACUGAUGGGAAAGGGAGGGUUAAGUAACAUUCUCUCUUCCACUUCCUCCCUCCCCACGAUCUGCUGCUCCCUUCAACGCUAGAUUUGACAUUACAUUUGUACAGGUCUUUCCUCUGGUCACCUGAGAGCAUUAGCUCUGCCUGACUCCUCCUGCCCCAGGAGCCGCCCUCCUCCUUGAGGCCAGAGAAAUGCAGGCCAUCAAGUGUGUGGUGGUGGGAGAUGGAGCUGUGGGUAAAACCUGUCUCCUCAUCAGCUACACCACCAAUGCCUUCCCAGGCGAAUACAUCCCCACUGUGUUCGAUAACUAUUCCGCCAACGUGAUGGUUGACAGCAAGCCCGUAAACCUGGGGCUGUGGGAUACAGCUGGACAGGAGGAUUAUGACCGGUUAAGACCCCUCUCCUAUCCGCAGACGGACGUCUUCCUGAUCUGCUUCUCUCUGGUCAGCCCGGCCUCUUAUGAAAACGUCCGCGCCAAGUGGUUCCCUGAGGUCCGACACCACUGCCCCAGCACUCCCAUCAUCCUCGUGGGCACCAAGCUGGAUCUCCGCGAUGACAAGGAUACGAUCGAGAAGUUGAAGGAGAAGAAGUUGUCGCCCAUCACGUACCCGCAGGGCCUUGCGCUGGCCAAGGAGAUCGAUUCUGUGAAAUACCUCGAGUGCUCGGCGCUGACGCAACGUGGCCUGAAAACGGUGUUUGACGAGGCAAUCCGAGCAGUUCUCUGUCCCCAGCCCACCAGACCAAAAAAACGGGGGUGCAGCCUCCUCUAGGGGACCCUGAUGCUGCCUUGAUUCCCCUUCUCUCCCUUGAAAGACCCCUUGCAGGACUCCCCUUCCUGCCGCACCACACUCCUGAACUUCCUGACUCUACCCUGAAGAGAGGCUGCUGUUGCCAGCUUCCCGCAAUGGGACCCCCAAACCUGCCUCUGACCUGGGACCUCAGUGCUUCCUUGGAGACAGGGGCGACCUGUUGUGGGGGGUGUGGAGCUUAAGCCCCUCCCCUUAAAAAUCAACUCGACAUAUACGGAAAACAGCAAAAAAGCCCCUCCCCCUGCAAUUUUCCUGCUUGGCCACUAGGGGCUGCUUUGUAGCUGUCCAUUACCAGGCAGCCGCUGCCUCUCCUCCCUCUUCACAUUGCUUCCCCUGCUCUUCCCCCACCCUCCGCAUAAGACCCCGGGGAGGCAGGAGAGAGGCACAGAGUGGCCAGGGACAGGAGACAGAGCUGAUCAGGGCCAGGUGAGGGAGAAAAAAAGGCUCUCUUCUCUCCUCACACCACAGCUGGGCUGGAAUGGGAGGGAUGGAUGAGGUGGGGAAGGCAGGAUGGAAGGGUACAAGCUGGUAUCACAACCUGCCUCCUCUUGUUAUUCCGGACACAGAUUCCAGCCCCAGUCCUCAGCUCUCUCACGACACCAGGCUCUGCUGAUGUAACAGUGGUUGAAGGUUUCAGCGUCUCGGACCUUGGUACUGCUUGGUGGUCACAGCGCUUGUUUGUUUCUGCUGCCUAGAAGGACCAAUAUGGGUCUGUAGCACUCGUUUGUCCAUUUGCACAACCUCCCUCCCUCCUCCUGUCAAUUUCUGUGUAGGGAAUGAGAGUUAAUAAACCGACUGUUCCUUCCUGCCA